AUGGCCGCGGACACCUUCCUAGCGGGGCUGCGUGUGCUCGCCAUCGAAGACGACCACGUCUGCCGCAAGGUCCUAGAGAGGCAGCUGAAGUAUUGCAACUACAAUGCCACAAUGGUGACCAACGCCCAGACAGCAUUGGACAUGCUCAGGGAGAUGAAGGACGGGAACCAGUUCGACCUGGUGAUCAGCAACGUUGCCAUGCCCAACAUGGAUGGCUUCAAGCUCAUCGAGCUCAUCAGCCUGGAGAUGGAUCUCCCAGUCAUCACUAAAGCCCUUGCUCAAACUCAUUUUUCCCAUUUUCAUGCAUGGCAUUCUUCUGAUCGUGCAGAGAAUAGCAAUCAUGAGAAUUUGUAUUACUAA